AUGGAGUACAUCAAGAUUGCCAAAGUAUCUAAUGUAGUACUGCAUAGAAGAGGCACGGCUACACAGGGUACUUUACACUUAACUACUCACCAUUUGAUCUUCGAGUCACCACAAUUGUCGACAGAAUUUUGGUUUCCAUAUCCUUUGAUUUAUGGAGUCCAUAAAAACCCGGGCAGUACGUUACUGUCCAAGUUGACUUCCACUAAUCAAGUCCAAUUGGAAGGCACCGAUUCACAGAACUACAAGCUUUACCAGGGCAAGGAUUUGUGGUCUUUUGUGAAUAUCAAGAUAAUUGGAAAAGAUUAUGCGGUAUUCUCGUUGGAUUUCGGCGGCGAUUUGCACCUACAGGCAAGGAAAGUGUAUGAUUCCAUCUUGAAUUUGACCGUCCUAACCAAUAUCACGCAACUGUAUGCAUUUAUUUACAUAUCCAACAAUCUGGAAAAAAAACUAUCUCCACCCGAUAGCUGGGAUAUAUAUGACCCAAUUAACGAAUUUCGAAGGCAAGGCCUCGACGACAAAGAUGAAACAUGCCCCUGGAGGCUAUCUACGGUAAACGAACAAUACGACUUCUGUCCAACGUAUCCUUCCAAACUUUUUGUACCAAGGUCCACGUCUGACAUAUUAUUAAAGCAUGCUUCGAAGUUUAGAUCACAGAAAAGAAUCCCUGUUUUAACUUAUCAUCACAAGGCCACAGAUUGUAACAUUCUUAGAUCUUCCCAGCCGUUACCGGGACUAAUCAAUCAGAGAUCCAUUCAAGAUGAAAAAUUGGUCUGGGAAAGCUUCAGCUCAUUUUGUAAUAAGGAUAUCAAGAGGAUGAAACAUGUAAUAGUAGAUGCCAGACCCAGAACGAAUGCAUUGGCACAAAUGGCCUUGGGUGGUGGGACAGAGAAUAUGGACAAUUACAAUUUUUUUCUGGCGGAUAACAAUCUAGGGGUCGAUAAAAGUCUAAAACUGCCCACAGUCACACGGUUAUUUCUUGGUAUCGAUAACAUUCAUAUUGUAUCCAAUACAGCUGCAUACAUGACCGAGGUUAUCUGCCAAGCUGGCGAUUUGAAUUUACCAUUAGAGCAGAAUUUAAUCAAGUCCCAAAAAUUUUCCAAUUGGCUGAAAUUAAAUACUCUUAUCUUGAAAUCCGUGGAUAUGCUUUUAAAGUCCAUAGUUUUCAACCAUUCUAACGUGCUGGUUCAUUGUUCUGACGGUUGGGACAGAACAAGUCAAGUUGUCUCGCUAUUAGAAAUUUGUUUGGAUCCCUUCUAUAGAACUUUUGAAGGUUUCAUGAUUCUAGUGGAAAAAGAUUGGUGUUCUUUUGGUCACCGGUUUUUGGAAAGAAGCGGUCACUUGAACUCUGACAUUAGAUUUCAUGAUAACACUAUGAGUUCUCUCUUUAAUGAUGUUGAUACCAACGGUGAUGGUCCUGACAUAGGUGCCAACACUCAAGAUGAUUAUGGUGAAGAAGAUGAUGGGGGUGAAGAUGACACGAACUUAAUCAAUUUAAGUAGGAUUUCCAAGAAAUUUAACGAAAACUUUAAAUUGAAUAAGAAAAGCCUAAAAUUCGUUUCCCCAGUUUUCCAACAAUUUCUAGACUGUGUAUAUCAGCUGUUGACGCAAAAUCCAGAUUUAUUUGAAUUUAACGAAAGGUUUCUAAGAAGGCUAGUUUAUCAUUUGUAUUCAUGCCAAUAUGGAACAUUCCUUUCCAAUAACGAGAAGGAAAAAUUUCAACAGAAUUUGCCAAACAAGACUAAAAGCGUCUGGGACUAUUUCAGAUCUAGAAGAAAGCAAUUUGUAAAUCCUAAUUUCGUACAGAGAAAGAGAAGCAGCAUGAAGGAAGACGACCAAAUCUCUGAAGAAGAAGAAAAAGUGGAGUGGAUUUCACCAGAUCUUAAGAAAGUCCAAUGGUGGUGGCAGUUGUAUGGAAGAAAGGACUCAGAAUUGAAUGAUGAAUUACGCCAUAAACGAGAGUCAGUACCCAUGUCAGUGGAUAACAAGGGUAAACAGCAUAGUAAUUCCGAUGGUGGUAAGGGUUUAAACUUGUCAAUUUUUGGGUUUGAUAUGUUUAAUAGAAAGUGA